AGGGGGCACCGCGUGGCUCUCCGGAGCGGGGCCAGGACUACAGGCGGGCUUGCGCAGCGGACGUGCAGGCGGCAUGGGGCUGGCGGCCGAGCGCCCCUUCCAGCCCCGUGGCUGCUGGUACUACCUGCGCUACUUCUUCCUCUUUGCCUCGCUGACGCAGCUGCUGGUCAUCCUGGGCUUGGUGCUCUUCAUGGUGUAUGGAAACCCGCACACGGCCACCGAGGCCAACCUGCGGGCCACACAGGCCCGCGCCGACGCCCUGUUCGGGCAGGUGCAGGACCUGGGAGCCCUGCACGCCAACCUCAGCCGCCAGCUCAACCUCACGGCCCAGGCCCGCGAUGCCAUCAUGCAGCUGCUGCUGGGCGUGCGUCGUGACCUGGACCGCAUCAAUGCCAGCUACCGCCAGUGCCAGACGGAGGUGGCCAACUACAAAAGCAAAGAGAGAUUCGUGAUUGCCAUCGUCCUGAGUGAACAAAGGUGCCUGGAGGAACUACAGCAGACAAACAAGAGCUGUGAAGCCCUGCAGCACAAUCUGGAGGCCCGCAUAGGCGCCCUGCAGGCACAGCUGAUGCGGGAGCACGCGGCAGCCAUGAAGGACCACACGGAGCUGGAGCAGGCGCAGCGCAUGGUGGCGGAGCAGCUGGCACAGUGCAAGGGCGCGCAGGAGAGGCUGCAGGCAGAGGCGCGGCGUGCUGAGGAGCGGCUGCGCACCGUGCGGGACCUCUGCCUGGUGCUGGACAAGGACAAGUUUGAGGCCGACCUGCGUGCCCUGUGGAGGGACUCCAUCAUCCCGCGCACGCUGGACACCCUGGGCUUCGGGUACCACCCGCUGGGCAGCGAGCUGGCCUCGGUCCGCCGGAGCUGCGACCUCCUGCCAGGCCUCAUGGCGAGCAAGGUGGAUGAGCUGGCGCGGAACCUGCGUGCGGGCAUUGAGCGUGUGGCCCGUGAGAAUGCAGAGCUUGAGCGCCAGAAGCUGGCAGCCGAGCAGAGCCUGCAGGCCAGCCAGGAGGCCCAGGAGAAGGCCCAGAAGGAGGCCCGGGCCCGCGAGGCCCAGCUGCAGGCUGAGUGCGCCCAGCGUGCACAGCGGGCCCUGGAGGAGAAGGCUGCGCUGCAGAGCGAGCGUGACCACCUGGCCAAGGAGCUGGAGGCCCGGAAGCGCGAGGUGGAGGAUCUGAAGAUGCAGGUGGCCUUCAGGGUGGAAGCCCUGGACACCUGCCUCAAGGCCAAGACGCCGCCGGUGGUCCUGCCAAGACCUAUGGUCCCUGGCCCCCAGCCGCCACCCAUCGACCCAGCGAGCCUGGAUGACUUCAAGAAGAGGAUCCUGGAGUCCCAGCGGCUCCCUGCCCCAGCCAGUGGCUAAGGAAGCUGUGCUCCAGGACCCUGGGGCCCUGCCAGGCCAGGGUUUGACCUGCAGCAUCCAGGCCAUACCUCGGGCCCCACACAAGUCCAGCGAUGACAUCACAGAGGACCAGGAUGUCGGCACAGAUGCAGCCUUCCGCAGUGAACUUGUCAUGCCGGGCCAGCUCACAUGGAUGCAGUGGUGGUGGGGGGAAACAUCACGCAUGAUCCCCUCAAGUGUGCCCCACCCCACAGUGUGUCACAUCCCUGCCUCAUGCACAAGCCCAGGCGCCUGGCUUCAGUGUAGCCUCCCCGCGGCCCCCCCCCCCACUUCCUUAUCUCUCAGGCCUGGCGGGGAGGUGAGAACAGGAAGCCAUUGGCUUCCACCUCCAGUUUCCAGGCCCUCCUUGAAGGUUUCCAGGCUCCCCCUGGAAAGUUUCCAGAACCCCUUGCCAGGAGGGUCUGGUCCAGGGGUUAGGGUCUCCCACAGAGCCCCAAGGAACCUCCCACCUCUCUCUGCCACACACUCCGAGCACUUAAUAAACAUUAGCAAAUCCC